AUGGCCACGGGGGCGGUGAUCGCGCCUCCACCGGUGCCGCCGCCGCCGCCGCCGCUGCCGCAGCGCGUGGCUCGCUACGAGGAGGUCGUGGAGGAGGAUGGCCAGGUGGUGGUGCACGUGCCGGACAGCGCGGUGGAGAACGAGGACGGCACGGUGCACUACAUCUCGGCGGAGCAGACAGGCGCGGAGCAGGACUACACCGUGGAGGACGCCAUGGAGAUGAUCCUGACCGAGGGCAACGCAGUGGUCGAGCAGGGCGUCGCCGACCAGCACAUCGUCAUUCAGAACGUGACCACCGAGGAGGCGCCGGACGCCGGCCAGGAGCCUGCGGAGCCGGAGCCGGAGACGGAGCCGGAGCCGGGGGCGGAACCGGAUCCGGAGGCGGGGCCGGAGCCGGAGCUGGAGCUGAAGCUGGAGCCUGACCCGGAGCCUGGGCCCGAGCCGGAGCCGGAGCGGCCGGCGCCGGAGCUGCUCGCCUCGCUCAUGUCGGGCCGCACGCGCCACUCGGACACACCGCUGGCCGAGCUGCUGGCCGACACCGUGCAGCGCGAGCUGACCGUCAGCUCUGCUGACGGACUCUGUCCCGUCUGCGCCACGCUCGUCAACCAGUGCGACAAACCCAGUCCGCUGCAAGCGUCGGCGUCGCAACACCUCCGCAACAUCGUAGCGGCGCGGCUGGGAGAGACAGGCCACGGCCGCGGCGUCUCUAGGCGCAAACGAGGCCGGCCGCUGGCGAAGAAGGAGCCGGCCUACCCGAGUCCGUGGGCCAACUUCGGCACGGACGUGGUGCAGGAGGAGUGGACGCCGGUGCUGGACGUGCGCCACGGCAGCAGCCGUCCGCGCCCGCCGCGCACCUGGGCCUCGGACGACGAGCAGGCGCCGUCGCUGGAGCAGCUGACAGACCUGACCGUGCCGUCCGAGACCAAGCGGUCGGCGCGCAUCGCCAUCAGACGCAACGCCUACGUGGCGACGGCUGUGCACGCCACGAGCCGGCCUCCCCGGGUCAUCGUCAUCCCUGACAUGCAAGCCAAGUACCGGGCGGAUCCGAACCGGCCUCCGCGGCGCACCUACCACCGCUCGGAGCGGGGCAAGGCCAAGGGACGCCGCGGCCGGCCCAAGCUGCCCAACCCGCCCGAGAACCAGCCGAUCCAAGUUGUAGAGGUGUCUUCAGACAAGCCGCCAGGCAUGGAUGGCGACGGCGCCCCGGACCAGGAGCGGGUCCCAGAGGAACACCCGCCCGCCGCGUCGCAGGCCGACCAGGAGACGGGACCGGUCCACACGGACGCCGCAGAGGCGAACGACGAUAGCGGCGACGACGAGGACGGGCCACCACGGACGGCUGACCCGGACUGUCCGUGCAUCAUGUGCGCGGAGCUGACAGCGGAGCAGCGGCAGCAGCUGGCUGCGGCCACCGAGUUCAGUGUCGUCUACGUCUGCCAGAUCUGCCACCAGGAGAUGACGGGCCGCAGCAAGUUCCGGGAGCACGAGCGGCGCUGCAAACUGCGACGGCUGAAUCCCAGGCGGAUACGCAUUGUGCACGAGUGCAGCACGUGCAAGCACACGUUCAAGUCGGCUCGGCUGCGCGACGAGCACUACACGCGCACGGGCCACGAGAAGCGCAGCCCGUGCCCCGUGUGCCAGCGCUUCUUCCACCCGGACUUCCUGCGCAUCCACCUCAAUAGCCACAGCGGCGCCUUUCGGUGCAAGGUGUGCGACACGCACUUCAGCUCGCAGGCCACGCUGCGCGGCCACAUGUACCGCCACAGCGGCCUGAAGCCGCACAAGUGCGACGUGUGCGGCGUCGCCUUCCGCACGCCCUCCUCCCUCUUCAUGCACAAGCGCUACCACCACUCCACUGAGCGGCCGUACACGUGCAACUUCUGCCCUAAGGGCUUCGCGGCGCGCUCCACGCUGCGAAUCCACCUGCGUCAGCACACGGGAGAGCGGCCGUUCGUCUGCAAGCUGUGCGGCAAGUCGUACACGCGCAAGAGCUCGCUGACGCAGCACCUGCGCUCGCACACGCAGGAGCGCCGCCACGUGUGCAUGACCUGCGGCAAGCGGUUCGACAACAAGACCUACCUGACCGUGCACAUGAACCGGCAUUUGGGGGUGCGGGCGCACCGCUGCGAGCGCUGCGACCGCGGCUUCUUCAGUCGACCGAACCUGCUCAAGCACAUGCAGGUGAUCUGCUACAAGAACGACUACGGGCAGCGGCCGGCGGCCGGCGCGCGGCAGAUGCACAUGCAGGCGCCGGCGGCCGACGGGGAGGACAUCCAGACGACCGAGGUGAUCCUGGCGAUCGAGAGCAUUCCCGACUGGCGAUCAGCUGCUGACGCCUGA